AUGUCCAAAGCAGGUGGGAGCACCUCCUCUGAAGCCUCGGUCAGUUCUGCAGCCGUGGCAGAGAGUAACGCAGACACGCAGAGACUUUCCUCAUCAGGCUCUGCUUCUGACACCCCCAAGAAAUCUUCCAAAAAGUCCAAGAAAAACAGCGACAGCAUGAACAAAGUGUACACCUCCGUGCUCAAUAGUGUCUUUGGAGCGGAGAGAGAAUUGGCUCAAGCGGAGCUGGACGAGCUGUCAGAGGCCUUCAAGGAGUUUGACUACGACCAAGACGGAUACUUGAAUUACAAGGAUGUGGCUGAAUGCAUGAGGACCAUGGGAUACAUGCCCACAGAGAUGGAGCUGCUGGAAAUAGUACAACAGAUCAAAAUGAGGAUGGGCGGGUUGAUGGACUUUGAAGACUUCAUUGAGCUGAUGGGACCGAGGAUGAUGGGAGAGACUGCUGACAUGCUUGGGCUCAAGGAGCUCAAAUCAGCCUUUGUGCAGUUUGACCUCGAUGGAGACGGGAUUAUCAACCAGGAGGAGAUGAAGGAGGCGGUUAAGACCCUGCUGGGGGAAAAGCUGAAGAAAGGAGAACUGGAGGAGAUUCUCAAGGAGUUGGAUAUCAACGCCGACGGCAACAUCGACUUUGAAGAGUUUGUGAUGAUGCUCUCCAUUCGCUAG